GAUGGAUUGUUUCUUAUUCAAAAUUAUCCUGAUAUUGUCAAAAAUUAUUCUGAGGCAAUUUUGACACCAAAUGUGAAUGAAUUCAGGCGUCUUUGUGAGACAAUGGGGAUAGAAUUUGAGGAUGACCAUAAAGAAGAAUUGGCUCAAAAAUUAAGUCGGGCUUUUGGUGGAGUAACCAUUGUUCAAAAGGGUAAAAAUGACAUAAUUUCUAAUGGCGAUUCAG